CAGGGAACUUGUUCUGCUUUCAUCAAUGGCGAUGCUUAUGUUCUCUAAGUGUCUUGGAAAGACGGAUAUUGGGAAGAGGCUGUCCUUUCCAAUCAAGGCUCUGAAAUGUCUUCCAGGUUACCAGGAGGGCCAGCACAUGGUGGAAUUUCAGGUAAGGGAUGAGGAAGAUCGUGUCUGGACCUUCUACUGUUCUACUCGGAAGCAGAAGCACCCGAAACCAGUUCUUAGCAAGGGAUGGAGGAGGUUUGUUUGCUUGAGAAAUCUCAAAAUUGGUGAUAAAGUUGAGUUCUACAAGGAAGAAGAGAAGGCUGGUGGUGUUGGGUACUAUGUGAGGGUGAAGAGGCCAGUAAUAGUAUUUGGGGCUAUGAUGGGUCUUGUCCCCAUCUCUUGCACUGCUUAGGCCAAUACAUAUAGUUUUGAUGUAGAAUUUAUUGUAAUGUUUAGUUGUUAAGUUCUAUGCAAUUUUAAGCUUUUGUAUUUAGAGCAAUUUUAAGCUUUUGUAUUUAGAGCAUCUCUAACCUCAAUUACUGGAGAAUUACUUGCUAUUCUUUAUGGUAGGCCUAAAUGGAAUGAGUAAACAGACGACAAAAAC